AUGAUGUCGUUCCUCUCCUCCAGUCACAGCGGAUGGUCACUAAACGGAACACUCAUCGAUCUGGGGAACGACUACCGGCGUCACAUGUCUGGGGGCAACCUGAUCAUUAGCAACCCGGAGCGGGACCAGGACACGGGGAUCUACCAGUGCACCGCCUACAACACGUGGGGCACCAUCGUCAGCCGCAAGGCCAGCCUAAAGUUUGCAUACCUUGAUACUUUCAAAUCACAGACGCCUCGAAAUGCAGUGAAUGUCCGUGAAGGCCAAGGAGUGGUGUUGCUUUGCGGGCCACCUGCACACUCUGGGGAGCUGACAUUUGCUUGGAUCUUCAACGAAUACCCCUACUUUGUUCAACAAGACAGUCGGCGUUUCAUCUCCCAGGAGACGGGCAGCCUGUACAUCGCCAAAGUGGAGCGGUCGGACGUGGGGAACUACACGUGUGUGGUGAACAACACGGUGACUAGGGACAAGAUGCUCAGCUCGCCCACGCCGCUGGUGCUCAAGAGCGAUGGCGUAAUGGGAGAGUACGAACCCAAAAUAGAAGUCCAUUUUCCAGACUCUGUACCGGCUGCUAAGGAUUCAGUGGUCCAACUGGAAUGCUUUGCCUUGGGAAAUCCUGUUCCAGAAAUCAGCUGGAGGAGAAUCAGCGGUGUUCCAUUCCCCAGCAAAGUCAAAAUGAAAAACUCAAAUGCAGUCCUCCAUAUACCAAGUUUUCAACAGGAAGAUGCAGGGACAUAUGAAUGCGUCGCCGAAAACCGACGGGGGAAGAACGCAGCCAAGGGUCGGCUUUCAUUUCAUGCGAAACCUCAGUGGGUGCAGACCAUAGACGACACCGCUCUGUCCAUCGACCAGAGACUGUUCUGGGAGUGCAAGGCCAACGGGAAGCCCAAAGUGUCCUACAGCUGGCUCAGGGACGGACAGCCACUUUCACCAGAGGGUCAGUUGCAAAUCGAAAACGGAGCACUUUCCAUUUCAGCGCUCAACCUGUCAGACUCUGGGAUGUAUCAAUGUGUGGCUGAAAACAAACAUGGGAUUAUCUAUUCCAGCGCACAGCUAAUGGUGCUAGCUUCACCCCCGAAUUUCUCCAAAAGUCCGUUGAGAGCCCUGUUAAAAGCCCGCUCUGGCAGCACGGUGGCUCUUGAAUGCAAGCCCCAGGCCUCACCCCCAGCCAUUAGCCUGUGGAAGAAAGGCAACGAGAUCCUGCAGCGAAGCGAGAGAAUCACCCUCGUGCCCAAUGGAACACUACAGAUUACCAACGUCACCAAGCUGGAUGCAGGAAGUUACACAUGUAUCGCCAAGAACCAGUUUGGGACUGCCAGCACCUCAGGAAGGCUAAUCAUAACAGAGCCUACCAGAAUCACCGUGAGGCCCACCAACACAGAGAUCAUCGUUGGCGAGAGCAUCGUGUUGCCUUGCCAAAUCGCCUGUGAUCCUGCCCUGGAUGUCUCCUUCUCCUGGGCAUUCAACGGACAGCUCAUCAACUUCAAACAAGACAGUGACCAUUUUGAGCGAGUUGGCGGGACCAUAUCUGGAGACCUGAUGAUUCGGAACAUCCAGUUAAACCACGGGGGGAAGUACGUCUGCCUCAUUGACACAGAUGUCGACAGCCUAUCCACCUCUGCCAUCCUGGUUGUCAAAGGUCCUCCUGGUCCGCCUGAUAAAGUAUCAGUGGAGGAGAUCACGGACAGCACAGCCCAGCUGUCUUGGACUGCAGGCAGGGACAACGGAAGCCCCAUUACUGGCUACUCCAUCCAGGCUCGCACUCCCUUCACUGUGGGGUGGCAGGCUGUUGAUUCAGUGCCAGAGAUAAUCAAUGGCAACAUGCAGACAGCCACAGUGGUGGACCUGAACGCCUGGGUGGAGUAUGAGUUUCGGAUAGUGGCCCGUAACGCUGUUGGACUGGGAGAGCCCAGCCCCCCCUCAGCCCAAACCAGGACAGAGGACGCAAUUCCAGAUACAGCUCCCACAGAUGUCGGAGGUGGAGGCGGCACCAAGUCUGAAUUAGUGAUAACAUGGGAGCCCGUCUCAGAGGAGCUGCAGAAUGGAGAAGGCUUUGGCUACAUUGUUGCCUUCAGACAGACUGGCACAGCGAUCUGGACGCGAGCACUUCAAUCAGCCCCUGGAAUCUCACGCUACACCUUCCGCAACGACACCCUCCCCGCCUUCGCUCCGUUUGAUGUCAAAGUGGCGGCUUACAACAACCGCGGGGAGGGCCCAUUCAGCUCCAUUGUAACCAUAUACUCAGCAGAAGACGUCCCCAGUGUGGCUCCUAAGAGGGUCGUGGCUCGGAGUGUGUCUGCCGUACAAAUUGAAGUGGUCUGGGAAGCUUUGCGUGCCAUCCCCGAAAGAGUCCUAGGAUAUGAGGUCGUUUACUGGGAAGACGACACCAAACCGGAUACUAUCGGCAAAGUGCGUCUGACAGGAAACUACACCGCAACCAACCUGACAGGCCUGAGAGCAGACACGGCCUACUACGUCUCUGUGGCUGCCUUCAACACCGCGGGACCCGGCCCCCAGACCACCCCUAUCAACAGCACCACCAUGAAACCCGCUCCAGACCGGCCUCCUCUGAAUAUCCAGUGGACGAUGGUCGGCUCCACGCUGUCACUGCACUGGGAUCCGGUCGUGGCUGCGGAAACAGAGUCAAAAGUAAUGGGAUACUUGGUGCUGUUGAAAAGACAUCGCUACAAUGACAUGACCACCAUCCUGACGACCAAAACCAGCAUGGAGCUCAGCCUGUCUGUGGCUGACAACUAUCUGAUUCAGAUCAAGGCCAUGAGCGAGGGCGGCGAAGGUGCGGGCAGCGAACCAAUCCACAUCCACAAAUUAAGUAUGGGCGCACGUGGCUCUGGGUCGACCCGCCUCGCCCUGGUGUUCCCCGGCUUGGUCCUAAUCAGUGCACUGCUCUGCUGCUCCUGGUGA